UCACAAUCUUAGCUGAUGAAGGGACCCACAUAGUUGCGCGCCACGUGGAGGCAUCUUCCGUUCACUUUCUUCUCAUUUUGUUGUUGUUUCCUACGCGGUAAAGUCUCUAUCAUCUUCUCCCUCGCUAAUCGCAAUCGCAAUCGCAAUCGCAAUCGCAGAUCUCUCAUCUCAACCCUUUCUCCGAUCCAAACCCUAAUUAUUCAACAGGGAAGAUCGGUUGGUCAUCACCGAUUGACCUUGUACCUUCAAUUUUCAUCUCAGAAAGGGGUUUUCACUCAUCAUCUAAUAAUAACCAAUCAUGUUUACUCGAAUUUUCGGUAAACCUAAGCAGGAAGCCAACGCUCUCACCACCUUGGACAAGUUGAAUGAGACACUUGAAAUGCUCGAGAAAAAGGAGAAAGUUCUCCUCAAAAAAGCUUCUGCAGAAGUUGAAAAAGCCAAAGAGUUCACUAGGGCAAAGAAUAAAAGGGCGGCGAUACAAUGUUUGAAGAGGAAGAGGCUAUAUGAGCAACAAAUAGAGCAGCUUGGAAACUUCCAGUUGCGUAUUCAUGACCAGAUGAUUAUGUUGGAAGGUGCCAAGGCAACUACAGAAACUGUUGACGCGUUGAGAACUGGAGCAUCUGCUAUGAAGGCUAUGCAGAAAGCAACGAAUAUUGAUGAUGUUGACAAGACCAUGGAUGAGAUCAAUGAACAAACUGAAAACAUGAAACAGAUUCAGGAAGCAUUGUCAGCUCCAAUCGGUGCAGCGGCUGACUUUGACGAGGAUGAGUUGGAAGCAGAACUUGAAGAACUGGAGGGUGCUGAGUUGGAAGAACAGCUUCUUCAGCCUGCAACUACAGCUCCAGCUGCUCCAGUGCACGCCCCAGCUGGCCGACAGCCUACUCGCCCUGUGACUACAAAGCCUACUCCCGAGGAAGAUGAAUUGGCAGCUUUGCAGGCUGAGAUGGCACUUUGAGCAGCCAGAAUUUUGCAUUUGCAGGCAUUGAUGUGCAUGUUACGUUGCCCCUAUAAAGAUUUGUAACCAGUGACAUGGAGAAUUCAGCCCCCUCUCACGCUCUGCUUAUCUUUGUGAAAUUAUUGAAAGAGCAGAUGAUGAUGUAUAUAAAGUUGAUUAAAAAGUUAAUAGCCCUUCAAAACUUGUACUUUGUCACCUCUUCAUUUUAGACGUCCCGUUUCUUUCUGAAAGUUUAAAACCCAGCUUUGUACAAUUGUGCGUAGUCGAGUAUCGACGCAUAUGGUUUCUUUUUAUAUUCCUUGAGAACCUAGUCGAAUUUAAAAUUAUUCAUCAGACUGAUCGAUGUAUAUCUUAAAUUAUGCUAUAACAGAAUAAAUAUGAUAAAAGAAAUUGUCGA